GGGUCUCCCGAGGCUGCGGCGUCGGGCGCAGCGAACCCGGUUCCUCCAGGGCUGGUUGCGGUUUCCGGGACGAGGAGGGCGAGGGUGUCGGACCCCUCCUCUCCUGUGCAGGCUUCUCGGCGCCUUCCCCGCGGGGCCUCGCGGCCGCCUCAGUCGGACCCACUCCCGGCUGCCGCCCCUCGCGGGCCGGCUGUAACCGCGCCCCGGGCCGGACGAUGCCCAAGAAGCUGUUGCUGCUGCCCCCGCUCUCCGUGUCCUCGGCUUUCCGCGCCCCGCGCACCAGCCCCGCCGCUCGCCUGGCCAUGAACGCCGCCCGCACCGGCUACCGAGUCUUCUCGGCCAACUCCACGGCCGCCUGCACCGAGCUGGCCAAGCGCAUCACCGAGCGUCUUGGUGCUGAAUUGGGGAAGUCUGUGGUAUAUCAAGAGACCAAUGGAGAAACAAGAGUUGAAAUAAAAGAAUCUGUUCGUGGCCAAGAUAUUUUUAUUAUACAGACAAUACCCAGAGAUGUGAAUACAGCUGUGAUGGAGCUACUGAUCAUGGCCUACGCACUGAAGACGGCCUGUGCCAGGAAUAUCAUCGGAGUCAUCCCUUAUUUCCCCUACAGCAAGCAAAGCAAGAUGAGGAAGAGGGGGUCCAUUGUGUGCAAGCUCCUGGCGUCUAUGCUGGCGAAAGCGGGUUUAACUCACAUAAUCACUAUGGAUCUUCAUCAAAAGGAAAUUCAAGGCUUUUUCAGCUUUCCGGUGGACAACCUUAGAGCCUCACCUUUCCUGCUUCAGUAUAUCCAGGAAGAAAUUCCGAAUUACAGAAAUGCAGUCAUUGUAGCUAAGUCUCCUGAUGCUGCAAAAAGGGCCCAGUCAUAUGCUGAGAGACUGCGCCUGGGCUUGGCCGUAAUCCAUGGGGAGGCCCAGUGUACGGAGCUGGACAUGGAUGACGGCCGCCACUCUCCCCCGACGGUCAAAAAUGCCACUGUCCAUCCCGGCCUGGAGUUGCCGUUGAUGAUGGCCAAAGAGAAGCCACCAAUAACCGUAGUCGGAGACGUUGGCGGGAGCAUCGCGAUCAUAGUGGAUGACAUCAUUGACGACGUGGAAAGUUUCGUGGCUGCCGCGGAGAUCCUGAAGGAGAGAGGCGCUUACAAGAUCUACGUCAUGGCCACUCACGGCAUCCUGUCUGCAGAGGCCCCCCGCCUGAUCGAGGAGUCCUCCAUCGACGAGGUGGUGGUGACCAAUACUGUCCCUCACGAGGUGCAGAAGCUGCAGUGUCCCAAGAUCAAGACCGUGGAUAUCAGUCUGAUCCUCUCUGAAGCUAUUCGGAGAAUCCACAACGGGGAGUCCAUGGCGUACCUGUUCCGAAACAUCACUGUGGAUGACUAGCUCUCCAGGUCGCCCGGACCCAGGAACUCCUAAGGAACACGGUGCCGUCAGUGAUAUGUACAGUUCCCUUGCGGGUCACACAGCCUCUCCUCAGGGUUGGUAGGUCGGAGGCAUAAGGUAGCGAGUGGGAGACAGAGCUAAUGGGUAAAGGGCCUCAUCGUCCUGUUGGGUAAGGAAAGGUUGCAGGCACUUUUGGGGUUGAAAAGGAGUUAAAGGCAGAUGAAGUUUUAACUGUAAUGUUCACUGAGUUGUUUGAGCCACAGGGAAAUGGGUGUCGAUGUUGAGCUUGGGCGGGAAGCCGAGUGCCCCGGCUGUUCGUUCCAGUUGUCCUCUCCUCAGUCAGCCUCACCCAAGUCUUUCAUAGAGAAUGACACUGUUCUCUGAGAAACUGCUGUGCCGGCUGCCACUGAACAGUGAGACAUUUGUAGUGCUGCUCCCAGCAAGGACACCAGGUUAGGGAGUUACAUCCUUUCUGGCUGGCUGUGUUGUUACUCGAUUGCAAAUAAAAGAACCUCUUGUCUGGCUGGUCUGUUCAUGCCCUUGCACUGUCACCCACUGUCGUGCCUCCUGGUGACUAACUUUGGUCCAGACGCUGCAGAAGACAAGGGAUAUAUAGUAAGGGUGGUGGGGUCCAUGGCUGGUCCCAGUCCCGCUGGAAGUCUCUCUGCAGGUCCUAUCCCCUUCCUACGCAUUGAGGUUAAAGAUUUGUUGAGUUAUAUAGUUAAGAUCUAAAUUUGUAAAAAAUAGAACUGAUUGCCCUGGCUGGUGCGGCUCGGUGUUUAGGGCAUCAGCCCUAGCACCGAAGGGUCUCGGGUUUGAUUCCCGGUCAAGGACAGGUUCA